AUGAGAAAGUGGUCUGUUCAGAUUUCCAUGUUAGAUGCUCAAGGUAAUGAAGUUCCAGCCAAAAUUUUAGAUAAAGUCACAUAUACAUUACAUCCAACAUUCCCCAACCCAAUAAGAGUGAUAAAACAACAACCAUUUAGAAUUGAAGAAAAAGGUUGGGGUGAAUUUGAUAUUCCUAUUGCAAUUCAUAUCUUGGGUAUUCAAGGUAAGACUGGAGAACGUAAAUUCCAACAUGAUUUGAAUUUCUUGCAAGAAAAGUAUCACAAUGACCAUGUCAUUAGUAUUCCUGUUUCACCAACGAGAAAUGGACCAUUAAACAAACUAUUAGCCGAAACUGGUAGCUUGCCAUUUGACGAACAAGGUGCGACUACUGCUGCUGCAUCCACCCCUGCUGCUAGUGGUGGUUCCACCGGUAUGAAAAGAAAGUUAGAUUCCACUAAUGGGGGUGCUGCAGUAGGUGCCAAUGCUUUGGAUAAUAAGGCUAAAAAAUCAAAAGGUGCUAUGAAAGGUAACAUUGAUUUGGAAAAAUUAUCGCAAGGUUUGACUAAAUUAAGUGAAGAUGAUUUGAUUGUUGUUGUCCAAAUGGUCACUGAUAACAGAACAAAUGAAAUGAAUAUUAAAAAUGAUGUAGAUAAUGGAGAAUUUACUAUGGAUUUGUAUACUUUACCAGAUUCAUUAUUGAAGAGUUUAUGGGAUUAUGUAAAGAAACAUACUGGUGAAGCUUGA